AUGAAAUUCAGCGAGAGCAUAGCACUGCUCGUGCUCAGCGCAGCUUCGACAUAUGCUCAAGGAUUCGGUGGAUACUACGGCGGCAAUCCGUAUUCUGGCAGUGACGGCAGUGACGGAGGUAAUGACGAUGGAGACAGCGGGUUUGGACGUGCUGAUUUUGGUGGUUUUGGUGGUUUUGAGCUUUCAACGUACCGGACGAAACUGAUAGCACACGCUGUACUUGCAACUCUGGCCUUUGGAUUCUUCUUCCCAGUCGGCGGCAUCAUGAUCCGAUUAGCAUCAUUCCGUGGCCUGUGGUGGAUUCAUGGUCUGUUCCAGAUUUUCGCGUACAUUUUAUACAUUGCUGCUUUUGCUCUCGGUGUCUACAUGGUCACUCAGUCACCAAUCGACGACAUGCUCCACAACGUACAUCCGAUCAUCGGCAUUAUCCUCUUGGUCCUCAUCUUCUUCCAACCCAUUCUCGGCUUCCUGCACCACUUGAUGUUCAAGAAGUAUAGCAGACGCACAUUCUGGAGCUACGGUCACCUGUGGCUAGGCCGCAUCGUCAUCACACUCGGGAUCAUCAAUGGUGGACUUGGCCUUCGAUUCGCUCGCCAGUUCCCACUCGCACCACCAUCGAACGGCGCAAUCAUCGGGUACUCGGUGGCCGCUGGUUUCAUGUGGCUAUUGUAUGUGAUCUCGGUGGUGAUCGGCGAGAGGCGUCGGAGCAGCGUCAAGCAGGUCGCUCCUCCAACUUACAAGGAGGCAUCUGAGACUGGUAGCGCUCGUAGCAAGCGCAGUCGCCAAGAGUACGCGUAA